AUGCGCUGGUACUCCAUUAGUCAGGAGCUAGGCUGGGGCAUUCUGACCCUGAUACCACACGACGAGAUUGCGAAUUGCUGGAUAGAACGCACCCUCUGUAUUGAGCUACUUAAGAAGGAGUGUCUAGACAUUUGUGCAGCUAGCAAGGCACUUAAGAACUGGUUAGGGCCAGAGGGAAUUGCUGGCGGGCCCAUCAACGAGAAGAAAACGCUGAGCAUUGAGGCGGAGGCGCCAGCAACCAUCUAUAAGGUGGAAGAGAUUUAA